UAAAAGGAGAAGAACCCUAUAUUCCCCACCAUUCCCAAUUCGCUUUUGCCUGUAUCACUCGGACUCCUCCUUCUCUUAACUUUUCUCCAGAAACUUGGAAGCAAAUAUGGCAGCACGUGGACUUGUGGUAGCGUCGCUUCUUCUUUGCUUUUUAUCAGGUUCCUGUUAUGGCAACCGCCUUUUCUCUGCCCUGAAACAGACCCUUGACGUCACUGCUUCACCCACACAGGGCCAAGUUCUGGAAGCUGGAGAAGGUAAAAUCAAAGUGACAUGGGGUUUAAACAGAACCUUGCCGGCUGGGACGGACUCGGCCUACAAGAAGAUCAAGGUGAAGCUGUGCUACGCGCCGAUCAGCCAGAAAGAUCGCGCUUGGAGGAAGACGGAGGAGGAGCUCUCGAGGGACAAGACUUGCCAGCACGACAUCGUAUCAAGACCCUACGAUGCUUCCAACCCGACCACGCAGAGUUUCGAGUGGACUGUAGAGAAAGACGUGCCCACGGCCACGUACUUCGUGCGCGCCUACGCCUUUGACGCCGACGACCACGAAGUGGCUUACGGUCAGACCACGGACGCCGCCAAGACAAAAAAUUUGUUCGAAGUGCAGGGAAUCAGUGGACGCCAUGCCUCCCUGGAUAUCUGCUCGGCUGUUUUUAGUGCUUUCUCUGUGGUGUCCCUCUUCUUUUUCUUCUAUAUUGAGAAGAGAAAGGCAAAGGUUUCCCAACCUAAGAUAGAGAUGACAAGUCAAUAGUGUGUUACUAGGUAAAACGACAUGCAGUACUGGUUUUCUAUUCAGUGUUAAAUUCCCCAAGCUUGUAGUCACUUUUACCCAGACUAAAAUGGCCUUUGUCCCGUUGUCCAGGAAGGCAGAAUUGUCUGGUUUGGAAGUUGGUGUUCCAUUGUUGUUGUCUAUAUUUUUAAGGAUAUAAGGAAGAAAUAAGUAAGGGAUGGAAUGCCACUCCUAUUUUUACUUAUUUGUCUGCAAUAUAGAGUUCUGUAAGUUCAGUCAUUAAUGCUGCCUUGUUAAUUCGCAUCA